AUGGUCACGACCUCGGACGGAGACUACGGCGGGGACGGUAAAUACGUGCCGUGGCGCCGGGCAUGGCCCUCGAAUCCUCUGCUGGAUGACGAGAGUGAGGUUGUGCAGCGACGCGUCAUGUCCCCGCCGAUGCGCGGCGAAGAAGUGGUAGAGGAGGCGUUGCCGGCGCGCGUAAAGCCUUGGCUGAUUCGGAACAAAGCAGCGGUCGAGGAGGCGGAGAAGACAGCGAAGCAGGAACUAAUAGAGGAGCUGGACCGGAUGUUCUCAGACGAGCCGGCGGUAGAGAAGCCAGUGCUCGCCACAGCAGCCGACCACUCGGCACCUGGCGGAACGUCAGCAUCGGCUGGAGCGACAGCACCUGGCGGAGCGGGGCGCGGCGGAAGCUUUACUCAAAGCUAUGAACCGCUGGACUCGCCCCUCAUGCCCAAUGAUCAGACGGCCGACUGCGAGCCUGUGACCGGCGUGGUCGUGGGCCAGACUAUCCGGCAGCAGGCAGCCGCGAAAAAACGCGUCAAGAAGGUAGCUGAAAAAAACAGCAAAAAGGCAGCUCGGAUAUCGUCUAAGACAGCCAAUCCGGUUAACCCCGACGACACCCAUACAAGUAACAUACCCCCUGCCGGUGGCCCCACCGGUGGUCCUGCCAGUGGUCCUACGCGAGGAGACCACACGGUGGGUGGGAAUCCGACAGGUGAUAGCCCGACAGGUGAUAGGCCGACAGGUGAUAGCCCGACAGGUGAUAGCCGCCAAGUCAAUGGUGGCCAAGUCAAUAAUGGACGACCCGUGAGCGUGAGUGGCAUGUCCGAUGGCAUGCGCAUUGCCACCGGGAGUUCUUCUCCCGAUGUCCACAUUUCCCCAGAGCACAUUUCGCCUAACCGAAUGUCCCCUGAGGUGUCGCCGAUGAAGGCAGUCGAGAUCCACAUCGAGUCGGCCGACGAGGACGUGCCUUACGUUUACUGUCGGCCGUUGCCGAAUCCGCCUAAGGAGUCACUCUUGCCCGAGCUCAACAGACUCAGGGUUGAGAGUCCUCGAGCACAAAGCCCCACACUGGGCACCUGCGAUCGUGGGAUCGACGGCCGGAGGAUCGAUAGCCGGAAGACGGACGACCGAGGAGUAGAGGGUCGAAAGACGGAAGACCGGAAAGCGGACGACAGAAAAACGGACGACGGAAACAACGUGAGGGCCGAUGGUCGAAAAGUUGUUGACCGCGGAGUCCACGACCCGAAGGAUGACCAGAAAUCUAGCACGGGGAUGGCGAGUGAUCGCAAAGCUAGUACUGACAGUACCCACACAGGUGGAAGUGAGAGCGCUAACAAAGUAAGCGAUUGUACACGGUUUCGGCACGGUUUUCAGCACUGGCGCUCGAGGUUGGUAUUCUAG